AUGCCGCAUGAACUGAAAUCCAGCGUGGGAUCCGAAAAUGAAACUGCAGUUAUUGAGUUCAUCCUAGAGGGUUUUGAUCAGAGGCUACAGCUAUUUCUCUCUCUGGCUUCCAUGUACCUGACAACAGUGCUGGGGAACGCAGCCAUCAUUCUCCUCGUGUGUAUGGAUCACCACCUGCAAACCCCCAUGUGCUUUUUCAUCGGCAAUCUGUCCUUUCUGGAAAUCUGGUUUACAUCUUAUACAAACAUCAAACUGCUUGUGAUCCUGGGUUCUGGUAGGAGAACAAUCUCACUAAGCACCUGUUUUGCCCAGUCCUAUUUCAAUUUUGCCCUAGGCACUGUAGAGUUCAUUCUACUUGUUGUCAUGUCCUUUGACCACUAUCUUGCCAUCUGCCAGCCUUUGCAUUAUGCUGCCAUCAUGAAGCCUCAGCUCUGCAUCCAGCUGGCUGGCGCUGCUUGGUUGUUGGGCUUCACACUCUUAAGUUACUGCCUGGUCCUCCUUUACAAGUUGAUGUUCUGUGGCUUGAAAAAGAUCCACCAUUUUUUUGGUGAGAGCUCUCCCUUAUUCAAACUGUCCUGCUCUGACACCAGCUUGCUUUGGAAAACAGACUCGGUUUUCUUAUCAUUUAUUGUGCUGAGCUCCUUACGUUUAACAUUGGUGUUUUACACGUGCAUCAUUUCCUGUAUUCUACAACUUCUAUCAGGCUCAGGGAGAAAAAAAGCUUUUGCCACCUUUUCCCACCUCACCACCUUGGCCAUUGUAUAUGGGAGUUGCAUUGCUCUCUAUGUGUGUCCUUCAGAAAGCGAUUCCUUGGACACCAAUAGAAUUGUAGCCUUGCUGAACACUGUCCUAUACCCAUUCUUAAAUUCAUUCAUCUACAGUCUUAGAAACAAGACUGUGGUCCUGGCCCUAAAGAAAGCCUUUGUCCAUUCAACAACACAGCUUUUCCCCCUCUCAGUAUGCAUUUCUGGGCAGCAGUUCCAAUGA